CAUAAUGGAUUUUCGCUCCAAAAAAACUUAUUGAUUUGUAACUUAUUGAUUAAUAACAAUGCCAUAAAUGGGAUGAUUCCUUUUUUCUCAAAUCACAUUUUUAUAACUUAUGUUCAAAAGGGAAAGUUCAUUUAAGGUUGCCUAAAUUCAGUAAACAUCAUGUAACAGUGAGACUUUUUAUAAUUCCUUAUGGCCUUAUGAGUUUUUUUUUCUUUAUUAUUGGUGUCCUUAAUGUAUUGCUUUGUAAGUAUUAAGUAUUGCUUUGUAAGACUGAAUCGUAAUUCAAACUGUGUUUAAUCGCCUCUCAAAACCUAAAAUUUGAAAAAAAUUUGUCAGCAUUCCUUGAAAAUAUCAUAAAACGAAAUUGGUCGGUGACUUUUGUAUCCACGUAAUGUAGUUUUCUUUUGAUGGUCAAUGAUUGAUUGAAAACAAAAAUCAAUUUUACGAACACUUUAGUUUCUCAAUUAUUUAUUUGAAAGCUGUGAGAUGUCAAACACACGUCCUUAUUUUGUCCAACAAUCUAUUCAAGUAAAAGGUUUUGUGCAACUCUAUAAAAAUUUCCGUCAUCUUAAGAAGGAAAAUUUGCUUAAAAUUAUGUUCCUUUGUUUUAUCGCCAUGUGUGAUGACUCUAUUCUCCAUUAAGUCCACGCAUCAUCGACACGAUCUAUGAAACAUCUGUCAGAGAAGAAGGUAUUUCAACUCUAAAACAAUGAUGGGCCUAACGGGAAAAAAAAAAGAAAUAAAUACGCAGGUCCGACCUUGAGUUUCAUAACAAACUUACCGAAGCCAUCGUCACGAAACGGUUGAUUUCGUUGGCGAUUCUAAGAUGUAGAAUGAAUUUUUAGUCUGAUCUAUGACGUUCCUAAGAUUUAGUUGAAAUUUGGAAAUGAUUCUUUUUGAAUUUCAAUGCUUGAAAUCAUAGAAGAUUGAAAAAGAAAACUUCACUAACUUGUCACCUGCCUUCCCUUAUCGAAGUGUAACACUGGAGACGAGUUUACUGAUCGAGUCCAAUACGAAGGCGGUCUACACCAUGUCACCGAAUGCCAAGCAAGAGGAGCCGCAACCAGCCGUUGUCUGCAGCAAACUGGACGAGCUUCGAGAAGGGGCCGAGGUCAAAGGUGACUGUGGUCAGGCCAACGACCAACCUCCUCCCUGGCUAGAUAAAGAGAGAUUCUCAAGAGCUAGGGAAAUAUUUAAAAAUCAUUUUUUCAGCAUUUUCUUUUCUCAUCUGGCCGGUUUGAUGCUGAUAGUUCAUAUGCCAAGCAUGACAGAGCCACUCAUGUCAACGGGAAACUCAUCGAACAUUGUGUGUCUUUUUCGCCGCUACCUCAGUACAUUGGUUCAUAUUCGAAGAUGGUAUGAAGGAGAUAUAUUUGAUCCUAAAGAUCCUGCUCAUCAAAGCAUCACCAUGGUGAGAGGCAUGCACAAACGAGUGGCAGAUAAACUUAAUGGACCCUGCAGGCGACGUUGUAUGGCAGUUUCCCAGUACGAUAUGGCUCUCACUCAAUUUGCCUUCAUCGGAUUGAUCGCACUCCAUCCAAAACACGUCGGUUUACAUUGUAGCCAGUACGAUCUCGAAUGCCUAAUACAUUUCUGGAGAGGAAUCGGGUACAUGCUAGGAGUUGAAGACCGUUAUAAUUUGUGCAGUGGCAGCGUCGACGACACCGUCGCCAUCUGUCGGAAAAUUAUGGAAGCAGAACUAAAACCCUCGGUGAGGAACUCUACAAAGGAAUCUACGACAAUGAGUCAAGGAAUUAUAAAAGCAAUGAAUUCGUUUAUCAUUUUUCUGAGCUGGGAAGCCAUGGCAAGAUUUUGGUUCGAACAAAUGGGUCUAGCUUGCAAUUUUAAAAUGGGCAUUUACGAAAGUACUGGAUAUUGGCUAAUGCGGUUUACGUUUGGAGGAUUAUUGAAAUUUAGACUUUUUCACAAGUUCUUUAAUUUUUUACUUAGGAUAGCAGUGAAAGUAGCUCUUGAUAACAAAGAAUACUACGAAGCGUAUCUUACGCGGAAACACAAACUUACAGACGUUUGAUAUUUUGUGACUAAAAGACAAUAAAAUCAACUUUCUUUUUGGAGUGCUGUGUGUCCCUAAGAAUCUGAAAUUGAUUUUUCUUGUACAACAUACAGUGUUUGAUGACUGCUAGUCUUGACUAUAGAAAUAAUGACAUAAA